AUGAAUCAGUCUAAGGGAAGGCUGGUAUCGGCGAUCGAUGCAUCGCAUGAAGAUCGAAAACGGGCAGAGGAUGCCUUCUACCGUGUCAUUUUCCAGUAUACCGGAGGGCCUGCAAAUCUACCAUAUGAACUGCGCUACAUGGCUCCAAACCCUAUAUUGGUCUCUGAUCAAUUCUUAAUCGAUCUAAGGCUGUUCCAUAAUGCUCUUUCAAUUGCCUUGAAUAAUAUUGUGCAGCGGUGGUUCACGGACAAAGAGGCUGCCUUUCCUACCCGCAUGCCACUUGAGCAGCAUGAGGAAGAGUUGUUACAGUGGCUAUCUAAUCAUUGUGAAACGCAUCCAGAGCAUGCAUAUGAAGGACACCAGGGUACUUGGAGACCAGACUUACUCAUCCCUGCUGAUGAAAAGGAUGGAUUCGCAAUGUGCGAAAUCAACGCUAGGUUUUUCUCUCUUGGCGUUGACCUGGCAUCUUGGAUCCAUAAGGGUUUAGCCAGUGAAGAGGCAAAGCCAUCCUUCGUUGAUAUACCCGUGAAUAAUGACCACAUGAUCGAAGCUUAUUUCACGUUGUUCAAUCCCAAACUCCCCAUCCAUUUGCUUCAAUCCGAGCACUUUCUUUCGGCUCGCGGUCGAUCGAGCAUAAUGGAGGCGUUCCUCAAUUGGGUCGAGCAAAGAACCGGAAUAAGGCCCCGCUCGGUGAGACCUGAGGAUCUGCGUCUAGUGCCUGAUGCUACUUCGGAGACUGGUUAUGCCCUUUACUGUACCCGGUCCACCAGUGCAGCGGCCUCUCCAGGUGAUCAGGAAGACCAAAGUCUAGAAUUGAUUCACCAAGCGGGUCUUCAGAUGGCAGUGGAUGAGUAUUCGGCCCUAGAUCCCGAAGCCCGUCGCUAUUUAGCACUUCACGGGGCCAAUGAUACCCGCAGCCGACUUAUCGUUCACGACAAGCGUAUUUUGGGAAUUAUCCACCAGGAGCUGGAUGACCUAGUUACAAAACAUCGUGUCUUGACAGAGGCGCAAGCCAUCCUGCUUCGCACUCGAAUCGUGCCUACCAUCAUUCCGGGAUCGCAGGAAGCAAAGCAGCUUCUUGACUUGUACCGACAGGGGGAUUUGGCUAAGGAUGACUUCAUCAUCAAGCCGGUACGCGGGGGCCGUGGACAAGGAAUCAAGUUUGGCGAUGAGCUGGAGAUUUCUGAGUGGGAGGAAGUUCUUGACGGUUUGCAGAAGCCGGAAUUGACUUCAGACGGAACGACAUACGUUGUCCAACGAAUUGUCAAGCAAGCUGAAGGAGACAUGUUCUUGGACGAGGAGAUUGGCGUGAAAAGGUGCCAACGAGUAGGGACCUACUACUCUAUGAACGGCGAGUUCUACGGUUUAGGAGCAUGGAGGGCCAUCGUGGCAACCGACAGAGUUUGCAACAUGUCGCUUGGAGGAGCCUGGAAGAUGGGCAGUGUACUCAUGUCGUACGAAUGA